AUGGCUGAUCCUUUGAAACUGUUACAUGAUUAUGCUGUUGGACGGCGCACGAUGCGCGAGUUGAAACAGGGUCAUGAUCGGUAUUUUGUCUUUGGCGAUGUAGCGUAUCCUCGAGACGUGAAAACGAAUCUAACGGUCUACAGUCGACCAAAUGAGUAUUAUACUCUUGAAGCUUUGCUUUGCUUGUGGGAGAAUAGAGAAAUGCCCCACACUGCAUAUGUGAAGGAUGCUUCUGGCAGAGGGAUGCAAUGCGUCACUCGCCCCGAUCGGCGGGAGCUCCUCGCUUACUUAAAAGGUGAACGUGAACAACCGCCGCAAAGCGUUGAUGUUUUGGCUCCUAUUCCAGCCCCAAUUCCUGUUUCUCGUUUAAUUGAUCAGAAUGAGCCAGAAAUAAAGAAGCUUCGUUACGAUGGCGAGGAAAACAGGCAGCGAAUUCAAAAUCUGCUUAUGGGUACAGUAACGGAAGAUAUUAAAAGUUCGUCAGAAGGUGUGCGUGACUUAAGUGACAAGCUUACUGCUGACAAAAUUGCUGCUUUGAAGAAUAAACGGAAAAAGAAUAUGGCGAGGAACACGAUAAAGGCUGUCGAUGACUUCCCAGUAUCAAUGGAAUUGGAUGUAUCCGAAAUGGGGGCAGAUGUUUUGGAUCGUGAAAUGAAGAAUAAGGAAAGAGUUUGGAAAAAUAGGAAAAGUAUCAUGGAGUCGGCUUCUAAAGACUUUACUCCAAUUCUUUCCUUGCUUCAUAGUCUAAAAAUGCGCGAAGAAGCAAUCCAGCGGCAAAAGAUUGCUGCGCCACCUCAAAGGGUUUCAACAAACGAAAGGACGCAAGUUCAAUCCGUUGGUUAUUCACGUUACGACCAAGAAAGAUUUAACAAGGACCAAACUGCUGGUUUUAAGAUUGAAACUGGGCUUACAUUCCAAGGCACUUCCUUAAAAUCAAUGUCUUCCUCUGGCGCGAAGCCCAUGGCUGCUGAUUCUCCUGUACCUCUGACAGCGAAAAUGGCUGCGCCGUCUUCCUCAGAUACGCCCUCUCGUCCUCAAAAAAGACAAUCGCGAACUCCGAUAAUUAUUAUUCCUGCAGCAGGAACUUCGUUAAUCACUAUGUAUAAUGUCCGUGAUAUUUUACAGGAAAUGCGUUUUGUGAGCACUGAAGAACGAAAGGCAACUUCACGGAGAGAGAAUGAAGUUCUUUUGCAAAGAGCUAAAGAGGGUGGUGUAACAGUGCCUUACAGAGUUGUUGAAAAUCCACUCAAGUUGAGUGACGAUGAGUGGGGUCGCGUUGUCGCUGUCUUCGUUCAGGGCCCCGCCUGGCAGUUUAAAGGAUGGAGGUGGGGAGGCAACCCAACUGAUAUUUUUUCAAACGUAGCAGCUUUCCACUUAAUGUUUGAUGACCAAAGAUUGGAUAAUAAUGUUGCGAAGUGGAGCGUUAACGUACUGAAGCUCUCAAGGAGUAAGCGUCAUUUAGACAGGGCUAUCCUCGCAAAGUUCUGGCAAGUACUAGACAAACAUAUAGUAAAAAACAAGCCCCACUUGAGGUAUUAG